AUGCCUCGAUCUCCUACAGGCACGGGUGAUGCAACCCUGAAUGAGGCAACAGAAUUCUCGUUGAUCUAUGGAUAUCCCCUUAUUGCGUACUCGGAACUAGCCCUUCCUAUUGUGUCAGAGCAUGGGACCAACAGCCUCCACCACCAGCGACAGCUUGCAAAUCCAGGGCGGAAGAGUGUGGUGCGUCCAAACGUGGACACCCUGUACUCUCACAGCAUACUAGACAUGUCACACGAGGAUUUGGUGUUCGAAAUCCCCAAUAUCACAGACCGAUAUUGGGUGUGCCCUUUUUAUGAUGUGUAUGGCAACAACUAUGCCAAUCUCGGUUCUAUUACCAAGAGUCCCCCGGGCAAGUAUCGUGUCCGAUAUGCCUUCGGUGUGGGUGAGGAGCCGGGUAUCACAUAUUGUGGAGGGAAAUCUGAGCGUCCUGAAUGUGACGGGUAUCAAGGCUUAAUCAACGCCCCUACGCCAUAUGGGGCUGUCGACGCCCGCAUACUCGUGAGACAAAAUGAUUUGGAGAUGGUUCACACCUUCCAAAACCAUACUUUGCUCUAUACGGUACCUGGAGGGUGCCAGGCGAAGCCGUACGCGCCGAAGCUGACGACUGCAAUGCUGAAUGCCUCGCUUGCCCGCGACCUUCCCAUGCGUAUCAUGCAAAUGACAGCGCGUUUUACACCACAUAACCCGCCGCGCAAUGUCUCUGAUGUUUCGCGUGUCGACACAAUGCUUCUCAAGGCCGGUAUUCAGGACGGCUAUUCCAAGCCUGUGGGAGCUAAUUUGACUCACCUGGCACAGAUGGCAGAGGCCGCAGUUAGUGCACACGCUUAUCUCCCCAAGAAUAUUAGGGACCUAAAACAUGGCUGGCUUGGGCUGGCUCCAUCCGCACAGGGGGAUUAUAACUUAGACUACAAGAUGCGGUCUUUUCUGGCCCGGUAUGGCUAUCUGGCCCUGGACGCUACGGAGGCUCUCUAUCCAACGUACCACGAACCGGAAACAAAGAAGUUUGCCCUUACAUUGGGACCCAAGGAAGCGUAUAUGAUUACGUUUGUUGGCAAACCUCCCCUUGCUAAACAGGGAUUUUGGAGCAUCACUGUAUACAACGAGGAACAAUAUUUGGUGGCAAAUCCCCUUGAACGGUACGCAUUGGGCGACCGAUCCAAUCUUACCUAUGCAGAUGGCGCUCCGGUAUACGGCACCGACUCUAAGAACGCAAGCUUUCAGAUCUUGCUUCAGCCGGCGGAUAUCGAGCCACCAAAAAACUGGACUUCCAACUGGCUCCCUGCACCACCCGGCGGAGGAGAGAUAUCGAUCAGCCGUAAGUUGCACCCAAGGUUCCAUGAACAACCUUCAUCUGAUUCCUGGUCAACCAUUCCUUAUAUACACGAUCACUAUCAAUACUGCUGUUACUAG